AUGAAACUCUCAUUUUUAAUUACCUUCACUGCUUAUCUGCUUAUCUUAACAAGUGCUGCUGACAAUAAUUGCAAUUUUACUAUUGAUCAGUUGAACAACAAAGUAUUAAAAACUUUUAAAACCUAAGAUUGUGAUAAUUGCUUUACAUCAGAUGUUACAUUAACUAUAUAGUCAAAUAGUAAAUAAAUCACUUCUCUAAAAUUGACUGCCGUCGAAUCUAGCAGCCCUUUAUAAAUCUUAACUCUAUAACCAUUUUCAGAAACUUUAAUUCUUAAUACUAGUUUUAGUAUAUACUAUCCUCUUCCUAAUGGUUUUUCUACAGAAAAUUUGAUUACCUCCUGCUAGACAAAAUAAAUUAACGGAAAAAUUGCUUUUGAUUUAACUUUCAUGCCAAAAGUAAAUGACCAUUAUUACUAAAUAUUUACAUUAAAUAAUGGAUAUACUAGCAGCUUAUUGCUUAAAAGUGUAGCUUCUAUCUCAAUGAUUAUUUGUAUAUUGCUAUUUUUCUGA